AGGAGUGGGUGGCUGAAGGCCUGGGGCUAGUGGUGACUCGUGCACGUUUUCAAGAUGGCGGAACACGAUCUCACCUCCAAGAUGGGUUGCUUUUUAGACCGGCAUCUGGUCUUUCCUUUACUAGAAUUUCUCUCGGUGAAAGAGAUCUACGACGAGCAUGAGCUGCUAAAAGGAAAGCUGGAUCUACUGAGUAACACAAAUAUGGUUGACUUUGCAAUGGAUGUCUAUAAAGGGCUGUAUCCAGAUGAAGAAGUCCCAACUUCUCUGGUUGAAAAGCGUGUGGAGGUUGUCAAGGAACUGAAGGAUUUGCAAGCCCAGACAGAGCCAAUCAUCAACUGCUUUAGUGACCCAGAAUUUACAGCACAAGUACAGUCCACACGGGAUGGCAGACAGUUGUUUGAGUAUCUAGAGAGAAACCAUGAUAUAAAGCCUGAGAUGCUGGAUGUUCUCUACAAGUUUGCUAAGUUCCAGUAUGAAUGUGGAAAUUACUCUGGGGCAGCAGAAUACCUUUACUUCUACAGAGCACUGGCACCUGGGGGUGACACAAACUCAUUGAAUGCACUUUGGGGAAAGCUGGCCUCUGAGAUUCUGAUGCAAAACUGGGACACAGCACUUGAAGACCUAAACAGACUCAAAGAUGUCAUUGAAAGCAAUACUUCUGCAGGAACCUUGCAGCUUCUGCAGGAGCGCACAUGGCUGAUCCACUGGAGUUUGUUUGUGUUCUUCAAUCAUCCUAAAGGUCGUGAUCUUAUCAUUGAUCUAAUCCUCUAUCAGCCGCAGUAUCUGAAUGCAAUUCAGACCAUGUGCCCACACAUUUUACGAUACCUGACCACAGCAGUCAUAACCAACAAGCGAAGACGACCGGUGCUCAAAGACCUGGUUAAAGUGAUACAGCAGGAAUCAUACACUUACCGUGACCCAAUAACAGAGUUCCUUGAAUGCUUAUAUGUGAACUUUGACUUUGAUGGAGCCCAAAAAAAGCUCAGAGAAUGUGAAACAGUGCUGCUGAAUGAUUUUUUCUUGGUCGCCUGUCGGGAUGACUUUAUAGAGAAUGCAAGACUGUUCAUAUUUGAGACAUUCUGUAGGAUACAUCAGUGUAUCAGUAUAAGCAUGCUUGCCGAGAAACUAAACAUGACCCCAGAAGAGGCUGAGCGUUGGAUUGUUAACUUGAUCAGGAAUGCAAAAUUGGAUGCUAAGAUAGACUCCAAACUGGGUCAUGUGGUGAUGGGGGUCCAAGCACCUUCAGUGUACCAACAAGUUAUUGAGAAAACGAAGAACUUGCAGUACAAGACCCAGGUGCUGGCAGGAAAUAUAGAAAAGAAGCUUACGCAAGACAAGGGUGGAUAUGAUGCCUAUGGGGGAAGUUGGAAUGCCUAUGAACCAGGAUUUUUAGCACACUAGUAAAAUCUUCAAAUGCAAGUGGACAUGUCUUUGGACUUCAAAGAGUUAGAACCCAUCAAACAUCGUGUGUCAGACGAUACGAAGGAUGAACCAAUAUCUUACCAAAAGAGGGAGAGACUUCUUGGUAAUUCAACUCUGAAUGCGCCAUAACCAUGUGAUAUGUGGUUUUUCUUUUAACCGUAUCCGCGUAACACUGGGACUUAUAUCUAUGUGUAGAACAGCAUGUGUUGCUGUGAAAUACCUAAGCGUUGGAUUUGAGAAUUUUAUCAUGAAAGCCGCGUUAGAUAUGAACGUCAGUGAAAAGGUCUUUUAGUUAUCUAUUUCCAGCAAAGUAAAUAUCGCAUCCUGUGGUUCUUAUGACAAACAAGCUACGCCCCUGUUUAUCCACCCUAAGCACCACGAUGAAAAGGUCCAACAAAUUAUGCCUUGCUGAGCUCACGUAGUUAGAAGUUCGGGUGCCCAACAUUAAAUGUACGAGAGUUUGGAAAGUCUUAAAUAGUGCAAAACAAAUAAAAAUGUCAACAAUG